ACAGUAUAGCAAAUGCACUGUAUGGUUUAUAUUUUUAAAUGUAGUUUCCUUUCAAUACGUUACGUGUCUACUUAAUAGCCACCGACAGUGUAUGAUGACUGGUUCUGUGUAAUAUGUAUACGUAGCGCAUUUCCUUACACUAGCAUAAAAAUAUCAUACAUGAAGUGUUGAAGACCUCUAUUGCCCUAGUUAUCUGGCGAACAAUUCAGGAUACUGACUCAAUUGUUUUUCUUCAGUACAAGUGUCCAUCAACCGAACGGUUUUCUAUCGGAAUGGGGAAUUUCUGUAGCGAGCUGAUCACAUCAGUUAUGGUUCUACCAAUCACGGCGGGGUACUACCGGAGGCGACAGAAUGGUUCCGGGUACUAUGAUGUUACCAUAUCGUCCAUGGUUUUCUUCAUUGUUUUCCUUUCUAUUGUCAUCGUAUUUACAGUCAGCCAGGAUAUUGAUAUUGAGCAAGACAAGCGUCUAGCGAUCGUGUUUUUGCUACUAUCGACAAUCAUGAUCUUUGGAAUGAUUGCAUGUGUAGCUCUUGUAUGUGUUAUCAAAAAGCUUGGUGUUGAGUAUGUCGUGUCAAGCAGACGACAAGGGAGCGUCAUCAAACUACAGUUAAUCUUCCUGUCGAUUUUCGGAUUACUGGCUGGCUUGUUUUCAGCUCUCCUCGUGGGACAACAAAUCGAAUGUGGGGUGUUUAGCCCCAAUAUCGUUGGGAUUCGUGGAUUUUUCUGGGAUAACAGAUGUAUUUUCAAUAUUAUUACAAUGCUAUUUUUGGUCGUUGAGAUGCUUUUCAUUAGUUAUUUUGCUCGGUUCCACCUGAAGCGAUCUACAUCCGUCCGUUAUGUGUUAUUUUUACUGGUGUGUGCAAAUGUUUCCGUAUGGUUGCAUAGCGUCAUUAUUAACAACGAACCUUUCCCUGAGAGAAUUCUAGACAGAGAGUUCGGCAACAAAAGUAAAAUACCUGCCUGUCUGCAAAAAGCGACUUUUGGAAACCUUAUCAAUAUUUCGCAACCGAUACUAAAACCUUGUUUUCUGGAGUUCUGCCUAUUGUCUAUCACGAUGCUUUUAGAGAUGUGGUCCCCAAUUACGAUACAGCAAACGUCUGAGGAGGAGCUGCCAAUUUACCAAGAAAUGGUUGACUCGUCCUAUCAUGUGAAUGAAACAGAACGGGCAACGCUUCUAGAACACACAGAAUUUACUGAGAGCAUCUUAUCUGGAGGACACACCAACCAAAAGGUCUAUCAACUCGUCAGCUUUUUUGUGAGUAUUAUCAUCGGACUAGUAUUUAUUACUUUUUAUGUCAUCUGGGUUUCACAUCCAGAUAGUUCUCAGAUUCGUAAAGCGACGGAUCAGUACUAUGCAAGUAUAACUGUUGCCAUGAUUGUGGCAGUUUUUGUAGGAUUUUACUGUCUAGUUCACUAUUGUAAGCCGGAAAGAACGCCUAAACCUCUUAAGGUCAGCGAGUACGUGUAUCUGUCGUCUGCUCUCGGGAUUGUCAUGCUGCACGUCUGCGAGGUAUUAUCGGCAUAUAUAACUCCUGAUGACACCAAAGAUAUAUUAAUGAGUACGUACAUUCUGGCACUCGUGCAGGUCUACCUUCAAGUUGUUUUUUUGCUACACGCCAGCCGAUGUCGAAAAACUGUCACAAAUUCUAGAAUCCAUCUCCUAGAAUGUGUACUGAUAUUUCUUAUCAUUAUUAACUUGACUAUAUGGAUAAGUGACAGUUUCGUUAUUGAACAGUUUGUUGAGAUCAAAGCUAUUGAACAAGAUAUUCUUGGAGACGUUCUUUGGAGUCUUUAUCAUAACAUUCUCUUACCUGCUAGCGUUUUCUUCAGAUUUUCGUCGGCACUCGAGAUGUUUGCAACGUUUCAGUUGCAUAGUGCCAGGCACUGAGUUGCCAUUGUGUAUGCAACUAAUUGCCUAGAUGUUUAUUGUUACUAUAAACUAUAUAUUUAGAGGACGGAAAUGCCAUAUGGUGAUGGAAAAUGUUAGCUUUUUUUGCUUUUUACAUGUACACUUUUAAAACGUGCUUCCUACUUCGCUGUUUAAGUAACUAUGAUUUUGAAAUAUGAUGAUUAUGAAAGCUUGUGUUAUGUUUUGUUUGUGUAUGUUGACGCUGUGUUAUAUUUUGUUUGUGUAUGUUUACGCUGUGUUAUUUUUCGUUUUGGUAUGUUGACUCGGUGUUAUGUUUUGUUUUUGUAUG